AUCACAAUUUUACGCUUAAAUACUCCUUCUUUGCGCCCCAUACCCCUCUGCCCCCUUCUCUCAUUUCCUCACACCUUCUUCAUUUGCCGCCACACACAUUCCUCCUCCUCCGUCACACCUUCUCCUCCAUCCAGGUUGCGGGAAGAUGGGAGCUGGCGGCCGAACCUCUGUUCCUCCUUCAAACAGGACGGUCGAGGCUGACUAUGCGAAGCGAGUUCCGCAUGAAAAACCUCCCUUCAGUCUCAGCCAAGUCAAGAAGGCCAUCCCACCUCACUGUUUUCAGCGUUCUGUUAUCCGCUCAUUCUCCUAUGUUGUCUAUGAUCUCACCAUAGCCUUUUGCCUCUACUAUGCCGCCACCAAUUACUUCCACAAACUCUCUUCCCCUUUAUUUUACUUGGCCUGGCUUCUCUACGGGGCUGUCCAAGGUUGCAUCCUUACCGGUGUUUGGGUCAUCGCACACGAAUGUGGCCACCAUGCAUUCAGUGAUUAUCAAUGGCUUGAUGAUACGGUUGGCCUUGUUCUCCACUCUGGCCUCUUGGUCCCUUACUUUUCAUGGAAAUACAGCCACCGUCGCCACCACUCCAACACCGGUUCCCUUGACAGGGAUGAAGUCUUUGUGCCAAAGAAAAGGUCUAGUAUUGCAUGGUGGUCUAAGUACCUUAAUAACCCACUAGGAAGAGUGCUCACACUCACUAUUACCCUCACCCUUGGUUGGCCACUUUACUUGGCUUUUAAUGUCUCGGGAAGGCCUUAUGAUAGGUUUGCUUGCCACUAUGACCCAUAUGGUCCAAUCUACUCCGAUCGCGAACGACUUCAAAUAUACAUAUCAGAUGCUGGAGUGCUUGCAGUUUCCUAUGGUCUUAUUCGUCUUGUCCUGGCAAAAGGCCUUGCCUGGGUUGUGGCUGUUUAUGGUGUUCCAUUGCUAGUGGUCAAUGGAUUCUUGGUGUUGAUCACAUAUUUGCAGCACACUCACCCUGCAUUGCCACAUUACGAUUCAUCCGAGUGGGACUGGUUGAGGGGAGCAUUGGCGACCGUGGACAGAGACUAUGGAAUCCUGAACAAGGUCUUCCAUAACAUCACUGACACACAUGUGGCACAUCACUUGUUCUCCACAAUGCCGCAUUACCAUGCAAUGGAGGCUACAAAUGCAAUAAAACCAAUUUUGGGAGAGUAUUAUCGGUUCGAUGGGACUCCAUUUUACAAGGUGUAUUCUGGUACAACAAUAAGUUGUGAUGACUAGAGCUGCUGUCCAAGUUGUGGUGUGUUUGGUCGGAAAAGUUGUUUAGUUUAAAGUUUCCAUUCUGCCAAUUAGGAUGGUUGAUUAUUGGGAAUAAUUCUAUUGAACCCUGAUAUUGGUAGUUAAAAGUAGUUUUAUAGUUUGCUUGAUUGCAGAAUAAGACAUGGCAUGUGUUAAACAGUUAGAUUAUUGCCCAAUGGUUUCAAAUUGGUGCAUGUCAACUGUGUGUUAGUUCUUAUUCUGGUUGAAGCUUGUUCUUAUUUUGUCACUCAUGGCUUUUGAUUCCAAGUCAUUAGUAGUAUAUAUUGUUGGAAGAUUUUCAAGUGUACCGUCAUACCGGUAUAUCAGUGAUUUUUAACCGUUGAUCUUAAUUAUAUAUAUAUUAUAUAUAUUUUUUAUAAUUAAGAUCAACGAUUAAAAAUCACAGAAACACCGGUACGACGGCACACUUCAAAAUUUUCCUAUAUUCUGUUAAUGGUGCAAAAUUAUGGACCACUGUCUGUAACAAUUUGUAUUGGUAUUCUACUGCUAGUUAAAAUUCUUAGGAGAGUAGUGUAGACGUGGAUGGGUAUGUUGAAGAAUCGUAUCAUGGUAAUAAAAUAAUAUAAUGUGCCUUUCACUUUAUCAUUAA